AUGUUGAGUAUCAAUACCCCUGCCGAUGCAUUCUGGGGCUUACCAAGCUCUAAAGCCAACUUCUGUGAAGAGGUAGCGAACCCACACCGAUUAAUGCUCCACGAAGCUGACUCUCAUUUCUAUCGUUUGCAGGAUUACGUUGUGACGAGAUAUGUCGCGGAAUUCAUCAACAGCUUGACCAACCUAUGCUACAUCAUAUAUGCCAUUUAUGGCCUCCGUCAACUACAGCAGAAGCGCAAUGUCGAAUUCGCUCGCGCCAUUCCUUAUUGGGGCUUGAUGGCGGUUGGCAUUUGCUCCGCGGCCUUCCAUAUCAGUCUUCAAUACCACACGCAGAUGUUGGACGACCUAUCCAUGCUUUUCACAACAACUCCACUGGUUCAUCGUGUCUUGACAGUGAACGCCGAUCGCAAGGGCUCGUUUGUCACAGGUCUUUGUGUUUACUUGGCUCUCGCGCUUGUUGUAAUCUACCAUGUCAGAACAGAUGAAUUGAUUCUACAUGCUUCGUUCUUUGUUGGCAGCAUUGCUGUCAUCGGUAUCCGGACUAUGCAGCUACUUAAACGACGCACCGCCGAGAAUUCUGCAGCCCGCCGACAGCUUUGGGGUAUGGUUGUCUUUGGGGCUGUCAUCUUUCAUCUGGGAUAUAUUGUCUGGGUGGUUGAUGGCUGGGUGUGCGACGGGCUCAGAAGUGCACGGGCGAUAAUUGGGCUUCCUUGGGCAUGGCUACUGGAGCUUCAUGGAUGGUGGCAUAUUUUCACCGGUAUCGGUGCCUAUAUUUUCAUCGCGGUCAUCGACCAACUUUUGUCAGGUGAGGAUCAUGAUGAUAUUGAUGGAGGUUUUGCCUGGCCUGCAUCAUGGGCUUCCCAGUCACUAUUUGCUGGGGUAGCUUCCACCAUUGUCGGUGCGGAUGAUAAGAAGCAGAAGUUGUAA